CAACUCCCAACAUGCCCAGGGAGCGAGCCACCGCCUUUUCUCGCAAACGGUAAAAGGACUACAUUUCCCGGUGUGCACAGGGGACCACUGCAGUAAGCUCGUCUCUGAUUGGCUGAGUCGGAAGCUGGGUGCUUUUCGAAGAUGGCGGCACUGUGUGUGUGCGGGUUUGCUAGACGAGGCUGGCUGUGGAAAGUUCCCUUUGCUACACGUAGAGACUUUUGGUCUCGGUCCAGAGAGCAGAAAGAGCCAGCGGUGGCUGAGACAGUGGAAGAAGUGAAGAAAGAACCUGACUUGGUGUGUCCACCUUUAAGAAGCCGAGCAUACACGCCACCUGACGAUCUUCAGAGUCGCUUGGAAUCUCAUAUUAAAGCAGUUCUAGGUUCUUCUGUUCCCAGUAACUGGCAAGAGAUCCCCCUGGAUGAUGGCUGUGUGAAGUUCAGACUCCUGGCACAUUUGGCUGAUGACUUGGGCCAUGCAGUACCUAACUCCAGGCUUCACCAGAUGUGCAGGGUCAGGGAUGUUCUUGAUUUCUAUAAUGUUCCUGUUCAAGAGAUUUCUAAAUUUGAUGAACUCGUUGCCAAUAAUUUACCUCCCAAUUUGAAAAUCAGCUGGAGUUACUGAGCACUCCAGUCAGUGACCACACCGAGGGCAGUCUCACUCUCCUCACUAAGGUGGCUGCAAACCUUGUGAUAUGCUACCCAGAACUCUUCUCAAAACCUCCCUUCCCUAAACUUUUGUUUUCUCCCCACACAAGAACACAUUUCUCAUGGAAAAUCAACAAAGAAAACACUUUCACGUUUGCUUAAGCUAUUUUCCCCCAAUAAAGUCAAGUUUUGGUAAUUUAUGAAAACGUUCUUAUUCUGAGGAAUAUGGUCAGGGUUGCUGAGGAACAGAAGCGAUAGCGUGAAUCACCUGUAAAGGGGAUGUAUUAGGCUAGCUCA